CUUUUAUAUCUUGUAGCUGUUUCCAUACGGACCGUAGACAUUUCCAAAGAUGGCAACCGGCACACGCGCUGUGUGGAAAGUUUUAUCAAGAUGUCAGCAGCAUUUGCUCAGUGUCGCUGCUCCAGCCAACUCUGGAAUCUCACAAAAUGCAUGGAGGAAUGUGCCUGUAAGGACAGUUGCAGCUGUAAAAACAAGAGCAAAGAAAGUAAGUAAAGAAGAAGCAGAAAAGGAGAUAAAGAAGGAGAAGGUGAUCAAUGAAACAAAACGACAUAAGCCUUAUGGUAAGACUGCGCGGGAGCCUGUCGAUGACGUGUAUGUGAUGAAACAUUACACCAAGACCACGUAUAAUGCAACAGAUGCUAUUGAACUGCUGAAAAAGUUCCAGAAGCUGGAUUUCACUUCUCACAGUCAGCCUGUGUAUGUCAAUCUGAAGCUGGACAUGAAAUUGGAGAAAAAGAGAAAAGUGGACGCGUUCGUUGCCACCCUACAAUUGCCAUUUCCUUUCAAGACUGAUUUAAACAAAAUUUUGGUCUUUACUGAGGAUCCUAAUCAAAUGAAAGAGGCUCUGGAAAAUGGAGCGUCGAUGGCUGGAGGAGCAGAGCUCAUUCAGCAGAUUAUUGACGAUGAGAUUUCAGCAGACUUUUACCUGGCAGUUCCUGCUGUUGUGCCAAAGAUUAUGGCUUUGAAAAGCAAACUGAGAAAGAAAUUUCCAAAAAGCAAUAGAGGAACGGUCGGCGACAACAUCAUCUCCAUGUUGGACAUGUAUAAAACAGGUUUCCAGUACAAGGUGGAGAACCAGUGUUACAUCAACACUCAGAUUGCCACACUGGACAUGCCCACAGAACACAUCUUCACUAACCUGCAGACAAUCCUCAUUGACGUCUGUUCACGUAAACCUGCCGAAAUGGGACCCUUCAUUGAGCGAGCGAUCAUCGGCAGUCAAACCAGUGAAGCGCUGUGGUUCAAGAGUGAAGAUGUUUUGCCAAAAGAUGAAGAAAAGAAAGAGGAGGAGCAAUGAACAGGAACCUCACUGUUGAUUCAUGUAAAUAUUACUGUCAGUGCCCUAAAUAAAACAGCUUGUUGUAGUGAAA